AUGGCCGGAGAGACUGCUGCGUUGUCUUAUGACCAGAAUUUUAGACGUAGAGCAGCGAAGAUCCCCACAGCCCGCUGGGAUCGGAAGGACUUGGAUGUCUGGACCACUUACGUGGCCCCACGUAUUGACAAGAAGGCCCCUGAUCCGCUAAAAUUCAAGGCCGUCCCUGCAAAGGCGGGUCGCAAGCUGUUUUGCUGGGACUUCAAUAAGGGUGUCUGCCAACGGCAACCCUGCAAGUACUCACACGUGUGUGAGAAGUGCUCAGGGAACCAUUCGGCAUCUGCUUGUGCGGGGGGCCGGCGGCCCUUUCGUAAAGGAGGGGGCUCUCAGCAGCCCCCAAAAGCCGCUCCCCAGGUUCAAGCCACUGGAGCAGGAAAGUAA